GUCUUUUCGAACAUUCACUAGCCGACAACGAAGCAUGAAUUAUGCCGGAAAAAAUUACCGCGUGGCCGGUGAGCACCGGUACGACGGUAUCCUUUACUUACCGUCUUGUCCAGAGUAUGUAGUAAAAAAAGUUCGAGACGAAAAAUUGGACUUCCGGAGGGACGAUGUUAUCGUUGCUACUUAUCCCAAAAGUGGUACUACUUGGAUGCAAGAAAUUAUAUGGCUAAUUAUGAAUAAAGUUGAUACGGAGAGAGCGAAGAGCGAACAUGUUCUUGUCAGAGUACCUUAUCUAGAGAGUACGAAAGUAGAAUCACCUAUUGAAAAGUUACCUACUAUGAAACGUCCACUCGUUGUGAAAACCCAUUUACGGGCCGAUCUUAUUAUGAGGCAGGUUUCGAAAAAUGCCGAUUCGGGGCCGAAGGUCGUCGUUGUGAUGCGUAAUCCAAAAGACGUUUUGGUCUCAUACUAUUACUUUUACAAGGCUUGCAAGAGUUACGAUUUUAAAGGCUCGUUUGAUGAUUUCUUCCGUCUAUACGAAUCGGAUGAUCUUGUUUAUGGCGAUCCCUUAGAUUACUGCCAACAGUGGAUGACUUACAAAGACAAUCCGAACGUUUUAAUAAUACAUUAUGAAGACUUGAAAGCCGAUUUGAAAGGAUGUAUAAAAAGAUUGAGCGUAUUUUGUCAGAGAGACCUUUCUAACGAUCAAAUCGAAAAUUUAGCAAGGCAUGUAAGCUUUGAUUCAAUGAAAAAGAAUCCACAAACAAAUUUUGAAAGUUUCAUAGCUAUGCGUCCACAUAUUUCUCCAUUUAUCAGAAAAGGAAUAGUUGGUGAUUGGAAAAAUCAUCUAGCGGACAAACAAAAUGAAAUGAUUGAUAAGCGUUGUGAAUCAUUACAUAGACUUUGCGGAUUAUCUUUUCGGUUUCUAUAG